AUGUCCAAAGGAAUCUUACAGGUACAUCCUCCAAUCUGUGAUUGCCCUGGGUGUCGAAUUUCGUCUCCAGUGAACCGGGGUCGUCUGGCAGAGAAGAGGACGAUCCCCUUACCUCCAACCAGGAUCCCGAAGAAAGAGCUGACCUCAAUUUUCUCACAUAGUGACGACAGCGAAGAGAGUGAUAAGAGCAAUGGUCAACACCCUGAAGUAAAGCAGGAGGAGGAUCUCCAUAUCAGUAUCAUGAAAAGAAGGAUACACACCCACUGGGAUUUAAACAUCUCCUUCCGAGAGACCUCUUGCAGCCGUGAUAACGACCUUUCCACUAUCAUCUCCAACCUGCAUCAGAGCCGUCAACUCGUUAUGCCAGAGACCCAGAGCCGCUGUGAAUUCAAGAGAAACAGCAUCGACGUUGGCUUAGGAGCAGCAGAUGAAAUUUUAGGCAAGAGAAGAGUAUGUUCUCCCAACAGCAGCAGUGAGUGUCCUUUAGAAAGCAAGAAAGCCAGAAGUGAGUCCCCAAAGGAAAACUCCCACACGCCUCUGCUUGAGGACUCGGUGACUCAGAUGACCCCAGAGGAGCACUACAGACGCAUGAUGUCAGCACUGAAUGAACAUGGCACGUUUGAAGAGCAGCAGCAACAACGUCUCUACCAGCUGGCCAACAGCAUGGCGGUGCCCAGCCAUGGAGGCCUCCUUGCUGCCCUAGAAGGGCAGCGCCAGGAGAUAUCCCACCCACCACCUCUGCUUUCACCCCAGAAUGCACCCCAUAUUGCCCUGGGACCCCACUUGAGACCUCCUUUCCUCGGGGUGCCUUCGGCUCUGUGCCAGACACCAGGUUACGGGUUCCUACAGCCGGCACAAGCAGAGAUGUUUGCACGGCAGCAAGAGAUGCUACGAAAGCAAAACCUGGCAAGGUUGGAGAUGUCGGCCGAGAUCAUCCGCCAGAAGGAGCUGGAGAAUCUCCACAGGCAAAGGCUACUGGCUGGUGACCCACUGAGCCUGCAUCCCGGCUUGCCCCCAGACCACCCGGCCCUGCGCAACGUGCACGACAUCCCCGAGGGCCACCCGCUGCGGGAGGAGCUCUCCCGGAGGAACGCCAUGCUGGUGCUGCGGCACAAUAACACUCCCCUGCUCUCCCUCAACCCCAGCGUCCCCAGCAGUGCCACGCCACCCAAGGAGCAGCCCCGGCGGGGCAGCCGGAAAUCGGCACACCACCGCGCUGAGCCGCAGGGGCUGAGCGAGGCCAAGGAGCUGGCGGAGCCCCGGGUGCGGGAUGGGGUGCCAGACUGUAACGACGAGGAGAUGAAGGACUCUGAGAGCGAUGCGGAUGUGAGCGACGAGAAGCUGGAGAGCCUGAAGGCUGAGAGCAGCAGCUCGACCGCUGAGCUUAAGGAGUGCAAAGAGACGGGCAAAGUCUGUGAAGGGGCCAAGGAGCUGGGUGAAGCGACGGCUGGCCAAAAUGCCCCCUGCAGCUCCUCGAGCGCCGAGUCCCCCAGCCAUUUGCUUGGCCCAGGCAUCAACAAAACCGAGGUGAAAUAUCUCCCGCCAGCUUCCAUCCCACCACCUCAGCCGCUGCCCUUCGGAUUCCCUUACACGAUGAGCCCCUACUUCCAUGCAGGCACCAUGGGAGGUCUGUUUCUGGAUGGUGAGGAAAGCCCUGCGCUGGAAGACAUCAGCAAAUGGACGGUGGAGGACGUCUGCAGCUUUGUGUCCAACUUGUCUGGCUGCACCGAGUACACUCAGGUAUUCCGAGAGCAGGCUAUUGACGGCGAGACCCUGCCCCUCCUGACGGAAGAGCACUUACUGAACAACAUGGGGCUGAAACUCGGGCCUGCACUGAAGAUAAGGUCACAGGUCGCCAAGAGAGUGGGCAGAGUUCUGUACAUGGCAGGCUUCCCCAUGGCUUUCCCACUGCAGCCUCCUGGUUUACGGCCUCCGGAGCGGGACCUGCCCGCGGCUGAUCUCCGGCCGUCCUCCACAGGCAGCGUGGCCUCCCCUUUCAGCAGCGGCCUGCCCUCCGCCAGCCGCGUCUCACCAAAGCAGGAAAACGGAAACCCCUCCAUCAUUGCUGGGAUCAAUGACGCCACGAAACCUCCAUCUUAA